AUGGAAGCAGCAGACAAACUAUCAACAGUGAAGCUGCAAUCUGUGACAAAGCUUCCAGAGAACACAAACUGCCUGGCAUGCUCAGAGGAUGGAAGGUUCCUUUGUCUGGGUCACGCUCGGGGCUUGUCUGUGUGGUGUGCGUCUACUUUGAUGCGCGUUGCAGAGUGGCUGCAGGACAGACUGGAAAUUACCUCUGUUCAGAUGACCAGAGCAGCUGAGUCCACCUAUCUGCUGGGCACUGUUGAUGAUAUGGGCGUGGCCAGAGUCUUUGCACAACACUUUGAUUCCAUUUACCUCCUCAGCGUCAUCAACGUCAUGGAAGACAUCAACAAGAGGAGCAUUUGUUUGGCAUUUGAGCUCACUGAAGGGGGACGGUAUGCUGCUGCCUCAGUCAGCUGUAACGGCACUACUUGGCUUGAGGUCUAUCAGUUCCCAUCAGGUUUGUGGCUGAAAGAACUAGAGCUUAUGCGGUCACAAGAACAGGACUCAAAGCCAACUGGAGACUUCAAAUGGUCUUCUGUUACCAUGGUGAUUAAAAUCAAGCCACCAAAAAUUCCUGCAGGGAAGCCAGUUGACGGUGAGCCCGACAUCGCUCAGACCUCAGAUUUUAUGAUGCACUGUUUGACUUUGGACGUAAUCAGGAGCAGCAGCCGUCGAUGGGAAAAGCAGUCCUGCAAAACAGAUGCUGAGGAAACAAAGGAACCAAAUAAAAGCCCAAGGCGUUGCACCCAGCACUUCCUUCUGCCAUGCGGUCAGUUUACUGGUGAAACUAAAGCAGAUUAUCAGCCAGGAUUUCCUCUUGCUGUGGCUGUGUGGUGGAGUGGAAGUCAUAAUCUUCUCCAAUAUUCCCUGCAAAGAACACCAAAGACCAAAGCAGAUGUGGAACCUUUGCCAGAUGUGGUAUGGCCAAAUGCAAAUGAAAUCCUCUGCUCGGCUGUUAGUCGAAGCACACGCUACGUAGCUCUGGGGCUUGGUGAUGCUUUAGUAUGUGUGUGUGACAGGCUGUCAGGGGCUCCUCUCUCUGUGGUACUGGAGCCGACAUCAAACAGCGCCUUCUUCAGAAUGCAGUUUGUGGAUUUUUGGCCUUUGUUGGCUGAUGAUUCACACAUUUUUACUGCAGACAAGGUCUGUCUCUUGGUGUUAUGUAAAAGUGGAGCAAUUCACACCGUCACAAUGGGAAGAGGGACAAAAUCCUGCACGAAGCAGCUGUCUGGAAGGCCAAAAGACCCCGGGGACAUCCCGAUCACUAUUAUCUCAGUGCCUUUCCUGCAGGGCUUGUCACUAGUAGUACAAAUGAAUGGGAAAAUAUUCCUCCAAGAUGUCCUUGGCAACAGGACGGUGUGCUUCUUGACUCCUCCCACAACCCAUCUGAUCACAACUCCCUGCAACCCGGUUUAUGCGCUGAACACCGUACAGCAAAGUCUCUUCAUACGAGGUGACCCAGAGAAAAGCUGCACUGCCUCUUCUAAAGAGGGCAGCCAGAGUCAGCUCCUGAGCUUCCAUUUUAAAGGCUCUGCCAUCAUCGAGCAGUAUGAGGGUCCACUUCCACACCCUCCGCUACAACAGGCAGCGCUGAGCCAUGCCACGCUGGAGGAAGCCUGCAACCUCUACCUGCAGCAGAGAGUUCUGUCUGUGGAUGAAAGGAACAGAAGUUUAAGGCAGACGUGGGAGCAGCUCCAGGAAGCAGCAGUGACUGUUCAACAAAGGCAGCAGAGCGUCAGGCAGCCGACGAACGGCAGCAAAUGA